AGGCCCGCCCAUCCCCCCUGGGUCGGACGCAGAGCAGAGCCGCGGGCGGGAGGGUAGACGGACCGACUGACGGGAGGGACGGGAGGCGAGCAAGAUGGCGCAGACUGUGGGCACCAAGAGGAAAGUCUGUUACUACUACGACGGGGAUGUUGGAAAUUACUAUUAUGGACAAGGUCACCCAAUGAAGCCCCAUCGAAUCCGCAUGACUCACAAUUUGCUGCUCAACUAUGGUCUCUACCGAAAGAUGGAAAUCUAUCGCCCUCACAAAGCCAAUGCUGAGGAGAUGACCAAGUACCACAGUGAUGACUACAUUAAAUUCUUGCGCUCCAUCCGCCCAGACAACAUGUCCGAGUACAGCAAGCAGAUGCAAAGAUUCAACGUUGGUGAGGACUGUCCAGUAUUUGAUGGCCUGUUUGAGUUCUGUCAGUUAUCUACUGGUGGCUCUGUGGCAAGUGCUGUGAAACUUAAUAAGCAGCAGACGGACAUCGCUGUGAAUUGGGCUGGGGGCCUGCACCAUGCAAAGAAGUCCGAGGCAUCUGGCUUCUGUUACGUCAAUGAUAUCGUCUUGGCCAUCCUGGAACUGCUAAAGUAUCACCAGAGGGUGCUGUAUAUUGACAUUGAUAUUCACCACGGUGAUGGCGUGGAAGAGGCCUUCUAUACCACAGACCGGGUCAUGACUGUGUCCUUUCAUAAGUAUGGAGAGUACUUCCCAGGAACAGGGGACUUACGGGAUAUUGGCGCUGGCAAAGGCAAGUAUUAUGCAGUUAACUACCCGCUCCGAGAUGGAAUUGAUGAUGAGUCCUAUGAGGCCAUUUUCAGGCCGGUCAUAUCCAAAGUAAUGGAGAUGUUCCAGCCUAGUGCAGUCGUCUUACAGUGUGGCUCCGACUCCCUAUCUGGGGAUCGAUUAGGUUGUUUCAAUCUGACCAUCAAAGGGCAUGCCAAGUGUGUGGAAUUUGUGAGGAAUUUCAACCUGCCGAUGCUGAUGCUGGGAGGAGGUGGCUACACCAUUCGUAAUGUCGCGCGAUGCUGGACGUAUGAAACAGCUGUGGCCCUGAGCACAGAUAUCCCUAACGAGCUUCCAUACAAUGACUACUUUGAAUACUUUGGACCAGAUUUCAAACUUCACAUCAGUCCUUCCAAUAUGACCAACCAGAACACUAAUGAGUACUUAGAGAAGAUCAAACAGAGACUAUUUGAGAACCUGAGAAUGUUGCCCCAUGCACCUGGGGUCCAAAUGCAGGCAAUUCCUGAGGAUGCCAUCCCAGAGGAAAGCGGUGAUGAGGAUGAAGAGGACCCUGACAAACGCAUCUCGAUCUGUUCCUCUGACAAACGAAUUGCUUGUGAAGAAGAGUUCUCUGACUCUGAUGAGGAGGGAGAGGGUGGCCGCAAGAACUCUUCCAACUUCAAAAAAGCCAAGAGAGUCAAAACAGAGGAUGAAAAAGAGAAAGACCCAGAAGAGAAGAAAGAAGUCACAGAAGAGGAGAAAACCAAGGAGGAGAAGCCUGAAACCAAAGGGGUCAAGGAGGAGGUCAAGCUGGCCUGAGCAGACCUCUCCAGCUCUGGCUUCUUGCAGAGUUCCCCACAUUUCUCCCCUAACCCCUCAGAGUUUAUAUUUUCUAUUUCUCUGUGUAUUUAUAUAAAAGUAUAUUAAAUAUAAAUAUCCCUAGGGACUAGACAGGAACCAGGGCCCUGAGCCUAGCCCAGGGCAGCUCUUCUGGGUAAACUCUUAUAGUAGCUGCCUUACCUCUCCCCCCCAGUUGUUUUGAACCAUAGAUUGCCCGGUCUGGGUGGAAAGGAUGAUUUCAAGCAGUCACCAGUCACGGGACUAAAUUCUGAAAUGCAGAAUGCCUGCUUAGUACCUUUGGAAAGGUAUCCUUAUUGAGCAUUCUAGAGGGGUGGCUGGGCCUUCAGGGACCCCUUGUUCUUUUCAGGCUCCUUAAGGUAACAUCAGCCAUUUUUAGAUUGGUUCCUUUCUCAUACCUUCCCACUGUUGCAGCCUGGCCCCAAGUGAGCCAAGAAACUCUCACUGCCUGCCCUCCGUCCUCCCCAGUUCUGCAGGUGGAGGUGGAUAGUCUAGUUUCCUUUUUGAGAUACUAUUUUCCUGUUUGUGAGAAUCUUUGUAAUAAAAUGGUACAUUUCU